GUGAUUUUGACUGAAGGUUGGUGGGGGCAUCCCUGUCCUCAGACCAUGAAGCAUGCUUGUGUUACUCUGCUGUGCUCGGUGUCCCAGUUCUUUCCCCCUUCUCCCUCCAGGGGUGCUUUCUCUGUGGUCCGCAGGUGUGUGAAGAAAACCUCCACGCAGGAGUAUGCAGCAAAAAUCAUCAAUACCAAGAAGUUGUCUGCCCGGGAUCACCAGAAAUUAGAACGUGAGGCCCGGAUAUGCCGACUUUUGAAACACCCAAAUAUCGUGCGCCUCCAUGACAGUAUUUCUGAAGAAGGGUUUCACUACCUCGUGUUUGACCUUGUUACUGGUGGAGAGCUGUUUGAAGACAUUGUGGCCAGAGAAUACUACAGUGAAGCUGAUGCCAGCCACUGUAUACAUCAGAUUCUGGAGAGUGUUAACCACAUCCACCAGCACGACAUCGUCCACAGGGACCUGAAGCCUGAGAACCUGUUGCUGGCGAGUAAAUGCAAGGGUGCUGCAGUCAAGCUGGCUGAUUUUGGCCUAGCCAUAGAAGUACAGGGAGAACAGCAGGCUUGGUUUGGUUUUGCUGGCACCCCAGGUUACUUGUCCCCUGAGGUCUUGAGGAAAGAUCCCUAUGGAAAACCUGUGGAUAUCUGGGCCUGCGGAGUCAUCCUGUACAUUCUCCUUGUGGGGUACCCCCCCUUCUGGGAUGAGGAUCAGCAUAAGCUGUACCAGCAGAUCAAGGCCGGAGCCUAUGAUUUCCCAUCACCAGAGUGGGACACGGUGACCCCUGAAGCCAAGAACUUGAUCAACCAGAUGCUGACCAUAAACCCUGCAAAACGUAUUACAGCUGACCAGGCUCUCAAGCAUCCAUGGGUCUGCCAACGGUCCACGGUGGCAUCCAUGAUGCAUCGUCAGGAGACUGUGGAGUGCUUGCGCAAGUUCAAUGCCCGGAGAAAACUAAAGGGUGCCAUCCUCACGACCAUGCUUGUUUCCAGGAACUUUUCAGUUGGCAGGCAGAGCUCCGCCCCCGCCUCGCCUGCCGCGAGCGCCGCCGGCCUGGCCGGGCAAGCUGCCAAAAGUCUAUUGAACAAGAAGUCGGAUGGCGGUGUCAAGAAAAGGAAGUCGAGUUCCAGCGUGCACCUAAUGCCACAGAGCAACAACAAAAACAGUCUCGUAAGCCCAGUCCAAGAGCCCGCGCCCUUGCAGACGGCCAUGGAGCCACAAACCACCGUGGUGCACAACGCUACCGAUGGGAUCAAGGGCUCCACAGAGAGCUGCAACACCACCACAGAAGAUGAGGACCUCAAAGCUGCCCCGCUCCGCACUGGGAAUGGCAGCUCGGUGCCUGAAGGACGGAGCUCCCGGGACAGAACAGCCCCCUCUGCAGGCAUGCAGCCCCAGCCUUCUCUCUGCUCCUCAGCCAUGCGAAAACAGGAGAUCAUUAAGAUCACAGAACAACUGAUUGAGGCCAUCAACAAUGGAGAUUUUGAGGCCUACACGAAGAUUUGUGAUCCAGGCCUCACUUCCUUUGAGCCUGAAGCCCUUGGUAACCUCGUGGAGGGAAUGGAUUUCCAUAAGUUUUACUUUGAGAAUCUCCUGUCCAAGAACAGCAAGCCCAUUCACACCACCAUCCUGAACCCACACGUCCAUGUGAUCGGAGAGGACGCAGCUUGCAUCGCCUACAUCCGCCUCACCCAGUACAUCGAUGGGCAGGGUCGGCCUCGCACCAGCCAGUCGGAGGAGACCCGGGUCUGGCACCGCCGGGAUGGCAAGUGGCUCAAUGUCCACUAUCACUGCUCAGGGGCCCCUGCCGCACCGCUGCAGUGAGCUCAGCCACAGGGGCAUUAGGAGAUCCCAGCUGGAGGUCGAACCUUUGCAGCCAGUGGCUCUGGAGGGCCUGAGUGACAGCGGCAGUCCUGUUCGUUUGAGGUUUAAAACAAUUAAAUUACAAAGCGGCAGCAGCCAAUGCACGCCCCUGCA